UGAUUCUGUUUCAUUUGACGAAAUAAAAUGAGAUGAAAGACUUUGUUCAGUGUCUGGUCUCUCAAAAGUACAGGCGUUUAUCCUGUUAGCAGAUCUAUGAGAACUACUCCAAAGUUGUAGACAUUGCUUUUUUUUCUGUCAGCUGACUCAUCUGAAAGUAUUCAGGAUCCAGGUAACCAAGCUUUCAUGUACAUUCGUGGUUGUUUGAGUUUAAUCUUGAGGAAUUAGCCUUGGAGCUCUGAAAUCAGAAACUUUGGGACUAUGCUUGUUAUCCAGUAACAUAUUGGCAGACCUGAUAUCACGAUGAACAAUUGGUAUUGAUGUUGCAGAAUGCAGAUAGGCAAGGGCAAGCUGCUGUCUGCAGCUAUUCUCAGACUUUUUCCCAUGGUAAGAAAAGAAUUCCACUGUGACUAUGAAUGUGAUCAUCAAGGAUCCCAUUGGACACAAAUUUAUACACCAGUUAGGGGAUUUUGUUCUCUUAACAGCUUCCCAAGAACACCUCGCGGCGGACUUAUGGUGGUUGAUCUGAGUAACUAUAAGUCUAUAACAAUCUCAUGGAUGAACUGUUCAAUGCGGAUCUUGUCUACUAUCUUUGAUUUCUUUAUGGCACCUAUGCUGUUGUUAGGUAAAGACCCCUAUGUACAUUGUUCCAUGGCCUCCUUCACCGAUGAUUUUACUCUCAGCAUAGUCGGUGGGUGGUGGCUGUUUCCAACUCUUUACCUGUAAAUACUUUUGUGGACUCUGAAGAAUCAUCUUGGUGCAACUCUGGUUCCACUUUGUAUCAAUUGUCAGACUCAGUUGUGUCAUCAUUGCUGCAAGCAUGCCAGUCCGUGGAAAACAGAGAGGAAGAAAAGUUUGCACUGAAGCCGUAUUGUAUUGAAAAUGCCAUUCUCAUUUCUUGCUACAUCAGGUUCUGUGCCUAUUAAAGCUUUGAAAAAGGGAAUGUUGUAUUGCUUUGACCUAAUGCUAAAGAGGUUUUUGAGAUGAUGCCGAAGAGAAACAUAGUUUCUUGGAAUGCUAUGGUUAUAGGGUUGGCGGGGAAUGGAAGGACUCAGGAGGCUAGAGAAGUUUUUGAGAUGAUGCCGGAUAGAAACAUAAUUUCUUGCACUGCUAUGGUUACAGGGUUGGCAAGUAGUGGAAGGAUUCAGGAGGCUAGAGAGGUUUUUGAGAUGAUGCCGGAGAGAAACAUAGUUGCUUGGACUGCUAUGGUUACAGGGUUGGCAAGGAAUGGAAGGAUUCAGGAGGCUAGAGAGGUUUUUGAGAUGAUGCCGGAGAGAGACGUGUUUUCUUGGAAUGCUAUGGUUACAGGGUUGACAAGGAAUGGAAGGAUUGAGGAGGCUAGAGAGGUUUUUGAGAUAAUGCCGGAGAGAGAUGUGGUUUCCUGGAAUUGUAUGAUGACAGCCUAUGCUCACCAUGGAUGUGGAAGAGAGGCAAUCAACAUAUUCCAUAAAAUGCAGGACAUAGGGCUCAAACCUAAUGACAUGACUUAUGUAGGGCUACUAACUGCAUGCAACCAUGAUGACUUAGUCGAAGAGGCCCUGAAGUUCUUUAAUCAGCUAGUGAACGACACAUCCAUAAAAUUGCGAGAGGAUCACCUUACCUGCUUGGUGAAUCUCUGCAGUCGUGCAGGGAGGUUAAAAGACGCAGUUGAUCCCAUCAAGCGAAUUGGUUCUAAGCAAUCGUCCUUUUUGUGGAGGGCAGCUUUUGCCAAAGUUCAUUUCCAUGGAGAUGUGAAGCCUGGGAGCUGAUAGCAAAAGAUCUUUGGAGGUGAAUCCAGAAAAUUCAGCUGCAUGCUUGCUGCUGUCAAACAUUUAUGCUUCUACUGGAAAAUUCAGGGAAAAAAGAAGGGAGGUUAAAAAAGCAUACCAAUUGCAGCAGGAUUGAAGGUGGGAACAUAUUUUAAAUGUUUAUAGGUGGUGACAACUGACAAGUCCCGUUCUCAUUCCAAGAUAAAUUAUUACUUACUCCUCGUUCUCCAUGCGAAAAUGAAAAAGCUUGGAGAUGUACUAGUAAUGGUUCAGUAGUGGAUUAGAGUUACUUAAAAUGAGAGAUACUUAAAAGCCAGUGUUGUAUGUAGAGAAAGUCACCUCUCUGAAGAUGGAGAAAAGAUGUUCCAGUGUUGCCACAACAAUACUCAUUAGCAGGGAGAAUUAGGGUUGUGAAUUUGUGAUUCUUUCACAUCAUUGGCCUAGUUGAUAUCAUUGGAUUUGAGUUAAUUCACCAUUUUGAUUCUUUCACAA